GGGGACACAGCCGGGACAGGGCCCGCGGCAGCGCCGCCGCCACCGCCGCCAUCGCCAGCGGGCCCUUUAAGGGCGUGUGACGUCACCGCGGGCACGGGGCGGUGCCGUGACGUCACACCCGGACCCGGACCUGGAGCUGGACCUGGAGCUGGUUCGGGAUCGGGCCCUGCUCCCGUGGGAACAGCACCGGGAGCGGCGCCGGGAGCGGGUCCCGCCCUCUGCCCGCCCCGGUGAGCAGCGCCCGCAGCGGCCGGGAUGAUCCCGUGCCAGUGGGAUGGACAGGAGCACCUUGCCAGCAGUGGCAGAAGAGCUCUUGAAGGAGAUCAAAAAGGCUUUUCAGGAGACCUCACAGGUCCCUGAUGAGCUGCUGCUGGGGCUGAAGUUCAUUUUUGGCCCAUCUGCAGUCCCAGCUCUGGAUUUGGUGGAUCAGCGUUCUGUCACCCGGGUCAGGUCCCCCAGUGGAAGGACUCUCUACCAGGUCCUUGGAAGCUCAGGCAAGCUCUACACCUGCUACAGCUCCUGCCAUUUCUGCACAUGCCCUGCCUUUGGCUUUUCUGUGUUGCAGAAGAAUGAGAGUCUCCUGUGCAAACACAUCCUGGCUGUCUACCUCAGCCAGGCCAUGGGAGCCUGCCAGGAACUGGCUGUGACUGAGGAGCAGCUCACAAACAUCCUCCUGGCUGAGGAAGAGGAUGAAGGAUGAAGAAUUUGGAUCACUCCUGGCUGUGUAGGUGGCAUUUCAAUAUCUACAAGGCUGUCAAAUGCUCAUUGUGAGUGGCUGGUUGAUUUCUUCCCGUGCUGCAGUCAAGUGUGACAUUAAUUAGCAGCCUGGCACUGAUAAAUUAAUUAAUUAGGCCUA